GCUGGAAGAAGCACCUGGGGCCGCAGGUGAGGUGGCUGUUCCGUUCCCCCUGCCUGUGUACCUGCCGCAACGUGCUCAGACAAGGGGGCAGGGGGAAAGGUUGGGUUUCACAGAAACCCAGGGCCGGAGGGUCAGCCACCCCAGCAGCUUUCAGGACCGCUGCUUAACGCUGGUUUAGCUCAAACCUGAGUCUGGUCCCAGCCAAGUCCUGCAUCCGCUGGUCCCCAGCUCAACUUCUAUGGGCCUGCUUCUGCCUCCGCCACAGUCCUCUCUGCUGCUAAUGCUUCUUUUGCGGCUGCCGGUGGUGUCUAUGGACCCGGACUGGCAAUGCCCAGGAAUACCCUUUGCGGCCUCUCGAGACUUUAAUGUGAAGUACGUGGUCCCCAGCUUCUCCGCAGGUGGCCCAGUACAGGCUGUAGCAGCCUAUGAGGACAAUGAAGAUGGGAGUGCGGUGUUUGUGGCCACCCGCAAUCACCUACACGUGCUUGGGCCUGACCUGCAGUCAAUACAGAACCUGACCACUGGCCCUAUUGGGGAUCCUGGCUGCCAGACUUGUGCCACCUGUGGGCCAGGUCCCCAUGGACCACCAAAUGACACAGACACACUGGUGUUGGUUCUGGAGCCUGGUCUGCCAGCCCUGAUCAGCUGUGGUUCAACCCUUCAGGGCCGCUGCUUCCUGCAUGAGCUGGAACCCCGGGGAACAGCUUUGCACUUGGCAGCACCAGCCUGCCUCUUCUCAGCCAACCAUAACCGACCUGAGGCCUGCCCGGACUGUGUGGCAAGCCCCCUGGGCACCCGUGUGACUGUGGUUCAGCAGGGCCAUGCCUCCUACUUCUAUGUGGCAUCCUCACUGGAUCCAGAAGUGGCCAGUAGCUUUAGUCCACACUCAGUGUCCAUCCGCCGUCUCAAGGCUGAUGCCUCUGGAUUCCAACAAGGCUUUCCUUCACUGUCAGUGCUGCCCAAGUACCUCGCCUCCUACCCAAUCAAAUAUGUACACAGUUUCCACUCAGGAGCCUUUGUUUACUUCCUGACUGUGCAACCUACCAGUGUCACAAGCCCUCCUGGUGCCCUGCAGACACAUCUGGUCCGGCUCAAUGCUGUGGAGACAGAGAUAGGUGACUACCGGGAGCUGGUCCUGGAUUGUCAUUUUGCACCAAAACGCCGGCGCAGGGCCUCAGAGGCCAUACAGUCCUACCCUGUGCUUCAAGCAGCCCACGCUGCCCCAGUGGGUGCCAAACUUGCAAUGGAGCUGAGCAUCUCAGAGACCCACAAAGUGCUGUUCGGAGUCUUUGUGGCUAGCAAGGAUGGUGGCCGUGGCACAGGCCCCAGCUCUGUUGUCUGCGCCUUCCCUAUUUACCAGCUGGAUACCAUGAUCGAAAAGGGCGUGGAGCGUUGUUGUGACUCCACAGUUUCUCUUCCACCUCGACGAGGCCUCGACUUCUUCCAGACUCCCAGUCUUUGCCCUAAUCCGCCUGGUGAAGAGGUCUCCAGCUCCAUCUUCAGGUGCCGCUACUUCCCUUUGCUGGUCAGUGACAGCUUCUCACGUGUGGACCUAUUCAAUGGGCUGUUAGGAACAGUGAAGGUUACUGCACUGCAUGUGACGCGCCUUGGCAAUGUCACAGUGGCCCACAUGGGCACGGCAGAUGGACAUAUCCUGCAGGUGGAGAUAGCCAGGUCGCUCAACUACUUGCUGUAUGUGUCGAACUUCUCACUGGGCAGCAAUGAGCAGCCCAUCCAGCGGGAUGUUAGUCGCCUUGGAGAUGACCUACUCUUCGUGUCUGGGGACCAGGUCUUUAAGGUACCUAUCCAGGGCCCUGGCUGCCAUCAUUUUCUCACCUGCUGGCGUUGCCUGGGGGCACAGCAUUUCAUGGGCUGUGGCUGGUGUGGAGACAGAUGUGGCCGGCAGAAGGAAUGUCCUGGUUCCUGGCAACAAGACCACUGUCCACCUGAGAUUACUGAGUUCUAUCCUCACAGUGGACCUUUAAGGGGUAGUACAAGGCUCACCCUGUGUGGCUCCAACUUCUACCUGCGUCCUGGUGCUGUGGUACCUGAGGGAACACACCAGAUCACCGUAGGUCAAAGUCCGUGCCGACUGCUGCCUAAGGAUACCUCAAAUUUUGGUCCAGUGUUCCGCAAGGAGUUUGUAGACAAACUUGAGUGUGAGCUGGAGCCCCUGGACACCCAGACAGUGGGGACUACAAACAUCAGCCUUAUCAUCACGAACAUGCCAGCAGGCAAACACUUUCGGGUGGAAGGCAUCUCUGUGCUAGAAGGCUUCUCUUUCAUGGAGCCAGUGCUGACAUCAGUAAAACCUGACUUUGGCCCACGGGCUGGGGGUACCUAUCUCACCCUUCAAGGCCAGAGCCUGUCUAUAGGCACCAGCCGUGUUGUGUUAGUCAAUGGGACUCAGUGCCAGCUGGAACAGGUCAGUGAGGAGCAGAUUUUAUGUGUCACACCCCCUGGAGCUGGCACAGCAAGGGUCCCCCUUCACCUGCAGAUAGGGGGUGCUGAGGUGCCUGGCUCCUGGACCUUUGACUACAAGAAAGACCCGAUUGUGUUGGACAUCAGCCCUAGCUGUGGCUAUAGUGGCUCCCAUGUCACCAUCCGUGGCCAGCAUCUGACUUCAGCAUGGCAUCUAGUGCUGUCUUUCCAUGAUGGACAAAAUACAGUGGAGAACAGGCAGUGUACAGGGGAGUUCCCAGAACAACAUCAGUGCCGUUUGCCUGAAUAUGUGGUCCGAAACCCGCAGGGAUGGGUGACAGGAAAUCUGAGCGCCUGGGGGGAUGGAGCUGCUGGCUUCACACUGCCCAGCUUUCGCUUCCUACCCCCACCCAGCCCACCCAGAGCUGGUCUAGCGCCACUGAAACCAGAAGAGCAUGCAGUUAAGUUUGAGUAUAUUGGGCUGGGCGCUGUGGCAGACUGCGUGCGUGUAAAUAUGACUGUGGGUGGUGAGAGCUGCCAGCACGAGCUCCGAGGGGAUGUGGUGGUCUGUCCCCUGCCUCCCUCCCUGCAACUUGGCAAGUAUGGUGUCCCACUGCAGGUCUGUGUGGAUGGUGGGUGUCAUAUCCUGGGCCAAGUGAUACGGCCAGACCCAGGUGGGGUCCUACAGAGCACACUCCUUAUUGCUCUACUGGCCUUGAUCCUGCUCGUGGCUGUACUGGCCAUGGCACUGUUCUUCAAUUCCCGAAGGCGGAGAAAGCGAGCUGUUAUUCCCAACUUGGAUGACCUGGCAUCCCUGGAUCAGUCUACUGGAGCCAUGUUUCUGCCUAUACUUCACUCUGGCUCUGACUACAGAAAUGGCCCUGCACUCGCUGCAGUUAAUGGUACAGCAUCCAGCCCUCAAAGCCAUGAAGAAUCUUCAGAUUGUAGGGAUGGGACCAGGGUUCCACUGCUGCGAACAGAGUCCAUCCGGCUCAAAGAUCUGGACAGUAUGCUCCUGUCUGAAGUCAAGGAUGUAUUGAUUCCCCAUGAGAGAGUGGUCACCCAUAGUGAUCAAGUCAUUGGCAAAGGCCACUUUGGAGUUGUCUACCAUGGAGAAUACACAGAUGAGGCCCAGAAUCAAAUCCACUGUGCCAUCAAGUCACUGAGUCGUAUCACAGAGGUGCAAGAAGUAGAAGCUUUCCUUCGAGAAGGGCUGCUCAUGCGUGGCCUGCACCACCCAAAUGUCCUGGCUCUCAUCGGUAUUGUGCUGCCACCAGAAGGGCUGCCCUGGGUGCUGCUGCCCUAUAUGCGCCAUGGAGACCUGCUUCAGUUCAUCCGCUCACCUCAGAGGAAUCCCACUGUGAAGGACCUCAUCAGCUUUGGCCUGCAGGUGGCCUAUGGCAUGGAGUACCUGGCAGAACAGAAGUUUGUACACAGGGAUCUGGCUGCUAGGAACUGCAUGCUGGAUGAGACAUUCACAGUCAAGGUGGCUGACUUUGGUCUGGCACGUGACAUUCUGGACAAGGACUACUAUAGUGUUCAACAGCAACGUCAUGCUCGCCUACCUGUCAAGUGGAUGGCACUGGAAAGCCUUCAGACCUACAGAUUCACCACCAAGUCUGAUGUGUGGUCAUUUGGUGUGCUGCUAUGGGAACUGCUGACACGGGGCGCCCCACCAUAUCCUCAUAUCAACCCUUUUGACCUCACCCACUUCUUGGCUCAGGGCCGUCGCCUGCCCCAGCCUGAGUAUUGUCCCAAUUCACUGUACCAAGUGAUGCUGCGAUGCUGGGAGGUUGAUCCAGCAGCACGACCCACCUUCAGAGCACUAGUGAUGGAACUGGAACAGGUAGUGGCCUUACUGCUUGGGGACCACUAUGUUCAGCUGUCCACAGCAUAUGUGAACCUAGGCCCCAGCACCUUGGAUAAGGUGAACAUGUUUCCAGAACAGCCAGAGUCCUCACCUGUCUGUCACAGGAGUACAUCACGGCCCCGGCCUCUCUCAGAGCCACCUCUGCCCACCUGACCUAAGCCCUAAGCAGGCCCAUGAGAAUUGGACCUAUUUAGUGGCUUUGAGCUAAUCCCAAGCUGCUGCUUGUCUACGGCCAGCUGGAGAGCAUCAGAUCUCCAUCUCAUCCCUGCCCUUUAACCUUCUGAGGUUACUGGAGGUAGAGAUACAGCACAUUUAGGUCCAUCUCUCCAGAGUGAGUCAGUGAGAGCAAUCCUUUUGUAGCAUGUAUUUAUGGAGUGCCUUUUUGCACACUGUCUGCUGAACACAGAUAAUUCAACAACGAUCAUAGAGAUACCACUGUGUAAACAAUAAAUGCUAUUCA